AUGGACCCGAACGCAACCUCGUCUUUUCUCACGGAUGGAGACACACACUAUGGCUCAUUUGAGCACUCCACAACCUCCAUCAUUGUCGUCUAUUUCAUCCUGAUGCCCCUCCUCCCAUUGAUGUACUGGAUCACCAGAAGCAUUCUCAAUGACCACGCAUACGAUCGCGACUAUGAGCAACAGCUGUCCGAUGACUGCAAGGCAUUGUGGCGCACAAACGACUGGAAAGUUUUCUACGGCCUCCUACUCCAAACGUUCCAGGUAGAGAGUAAACAUCAUCCUUUCAAUCCAUGGUACUUGAAUACAGUGCAGAAGCGCUGGAAUGAUGAGAGUAGGGGCGAUGCAAUCCGCGGAUUGCUGGAAAGAGGCAUUAUCCCGCUAGUCAUCCAUGACGGCGGUUUGGAGACGACACAGGCCCGGACAUGGUCAUGGUUGGAAAGAUUCCCGUGGGUACAAUUACCGGUCUAUCGACAGGCCAUGUCCCGGGCGUACAUCGAGUUCGCGGUGCCAAAUUGUGAUGAAAAAAAGCAGCGAGAAUUCAUCCACUUGAUCGAGAACAAUGACAGGGAUUUGCAAGUCUCCCUGAUGAUAAACCGCCCAAGACAGAAGGAUAGGCCCACGGUGUUCAAGGCAACGGCCAACCCCCAGAUCUGCAAGGAAUGGCAGCCAUUGAUGAUGGGAGCAGAGUCGGCGGUGGAAGCUUUUUUGCCAUUUAUGCCAGAUACGGUGAUCAAACGGUACGCAGAAGUCAUGCAGUUGAAAUACUUCUUGAAGGAUUGGUAUUAUUGGGAGCAUAUUGAGAACAAAAGUGCGCUGAAGAAGAGGUUGCCGUGUUUGUAUCAUGCACAUGUGGCGCAGGUGCGUGUCGAAUCGAAGCUCUGGACGCCUAUGCAGUUAGAGCGAUUUGUGUUCAACUAUGCGAGGGCCGCGACACUGGAUAGAGACUACAGGUGGCAUCGUAUCAAUAGGGCCAUGUACGGCGCGCUCAAGGCCCGGGACAUUCCUGUUCACGAGUUUUGA